GGCCGGGGGCGGGCCGGCCGGCGGGGCCGGGCGGGCGGCGGCGCGGCUGGAAGGGCCGGGGCGGUUCUAGAAGCGCGGCGAGAGGGGCUGCUGCCGCUGGGUGCUUUGUGCUCAGCUGAAAGGUCACCACAAUCACCAGGGUAAUACUUCAGCUUUCUGGCAUUGCGGACCUAGGAAAUAAUCCCACAGGUUUGAGCUGUCUGGAAGAUGAAGCCCUGGCUGCAGUUGGUGUUCUUUACCUGUAUUUCCUUGAUCUGGCACACAGAUGCGGAGUUCUUCACCUCCAUAGGUCAAAUGACAGACCUGAUUUACGCAGAGAAAGACUUGGUACAGUCUUUAAAGGAAUAUAUCAGAGCAGAAGAGAACAAGCUCUCUCAGAUUAAAAGCUGGGCUGAAAAAAUGGAUGUACUGACUAGCAAAUCAACCUCUGAUCCAGAAGGGUAUCUGGCACAUCCUGUGAAUGCAUAUAAGCUGGUGAAGCGUUUAAAUACUGACUGGCUGGAAUUGGAAAACCUGGUUCUUCAGGAUACAACAAAUGGCUUUAUUGCGAAUCUCACAAUUCAGCGUCAGUUUUUUCCAACUGAAGAAGAUGAGACUGGAGCUGCGAAGGCUCUGAUGCGCCUGCAGGAUACAUAUAAGCUGGAUCCUGAAACUCUUUCCCGAGGAAACUUACCAGGAACAAAAUACACAUCUUCUUUGACAGUAGGUGACUGCUUUGGUAUGGGGAAAACUGCAUACAAUGACGGAGACUACUAUCACACAGUACUUUGGAUGGAACAAGCCUUAAAACAACAUGAUGAGGGGGAGGAUACAACAGUCAGCAAAGUAGAGAUCCUAGAUUAUCUCAGCUAUGCUGUUUUCCAGUUUGGGGAUUUGCACAGAGCCAUGGAGCUUACCAGACGUCUGAUAUCCCUUGACAGUACUCAUGAGAGAGCAGGCAGUAAUCUGCGGUACUUUGAGAAAUUGCUGGAGAAGGAGAGAGAGGAGAAGGAGAAAGAGAACUCAGUGAACAAGACCAUGACAACGACAGAACCAGUGGUACAAAGUGGUGCCUAUGAGAGGCCUCUUGACUACUUGCCAGAGCGUGACAUCUAUGAGGCCCUUUGCAGAGGUGAAGGGGUAAAAAUGACACCUCGAAGACAGAAGAGGCUGUUUUGUAGGUACCAUGAUGGAAACAGAAACCCUCACCUGCUCAUAGCUCCCUUUAAGGAAGAAGAUGAAUGGGAUAGCCCUCAUAUUGUACGAUACUAUGAUGUUAUGUCUGAUGAAGAAAUUGAGAAAAUUAAACAACUAGCUAAGCCAAGGCUGGCAAGAGCCACAGUACGUGAUCCCAAAACCGGUGUCCUUACAGUGGCUAGCUACAGGGUAUCAAAAAGCUCAUGGUUGGAGGAAGAUGAUGAUCCUGUUGUGGCCAAGGUGAAUCAACGAAUGCAGCAGAUCACAGGGUUAACAGUGAAAACAGCCGAACUAUUGCAGGUUGCCAACUAUGGAAUGGGGGGACAGUAUGAGCCACACUUCGAUUUUUCCAGGAAAGAUGAGCCAGAUGCUUUCAAGCGGUUAGGGACUGGAAAUCGUGUGGCCACUUUUUUAAACUAUGUACCAAGCAGGAGGACACCAGAGUGGUAAUAACAUCUGCUUUAAACAGAAAUCCAAGUUACGAUAAAGAAUGUGGGGACUUGGGGAGUGUAUUUAUAGUAGUUCUGCUGUUUAAAUUUGGUGGGAGCUGGAUCUGACCCAUUUGUUUCUUUUAAUUAGAAUCUGAUCAAAAACUCACUGAAAUGAGUGGAAAGGCUUUCUGUUUUUAACGGGAGUGUUUCCAGGAACUUCGGUGGGUUUUGGAUCAAGCCUAGAAUUCACAAUGAAUCCAUCAUUACUGGUGAAUUCAGUACGGUUAAAUUCAUUCCAGUGUAAAAGGGCAAAGCAUAAAGAUACAUGCAUUUCUUUAGAGUCGCAUAACUGUUUAUAUUAAAACUUGAGAUGCAUAAAGCACUCAAAGUGGCAUGACAUCACUGGUGAACAGCAUAGAAGCAGUGCAGAAAGUGAGGUUUUCUAAUAGUCUGUAUAGUUUUUGAAGUGGUUGACCAAGAUGCAUAAACUAAAUUAUGGAAAUCAGUUCCAAAGAUGUGGUCUCAAUUUAUGAGGAAACAUGUGGUUUAACAGACGCUUGUUUUCCUAAUUGGAUCAUAAACUGGAAUGAAAUUCUUGAAACUGACUUACUCUGAAGUCCUCUCCCUUGUUCUAGAGUACUAGCUUAUUAACGCUGCAGGUACACAACUUCUUACGGCUAUCUGUUUGUGCAAUAGAUUAUAUAUGUAUCUAAAUGAAGUGCUGAACAAAAGCCCUCAGCUGAAAUAAAAGCCUUCGAUAGCAGGUACUGUUACUUGUGCAGUUCAUGCUGGUUGAAGUGCAUCCGUUCCUCGUGAGUGCCUCUCAUAGAGGUGCAUGUGGAAAUCUCUCUCUGUUAGGGCUUGGGGCACUUUGGUUUGUGGGACUGCAUGUACAAAAAGCAUUGUAAAUGACAGUUUGCGGACUUUGUUU